UACAAGGCAACGCCAGUCAUUAAUUAUCUCUCUCUGUAUUACUCUUAUCUCCUCGUCAACUGAGAUUUUAAGGUAGAUGGAGGGAAUCGAAGGAGCAGAGGUCAAUUGGUUUGAAGAAUUUGACUACUCCCAGAUGGAGUUCAUGCAGGAACUGCAGAUCUGCCCUAAGUUCAUCUCAACGCCAAAUGUGGCAGAUUGCCGUGCUUAUGAGCCCUGUGAAUCUAUCACCAGCAAGCUCAUCUACUCGGGUCCAACCAUCAGCCAUGUCGAAAGGGCACUGUCCAUGUCCAAUGGCCUGAGCAAUUCUCAACCACCAGUUUCUUUACCGGACAGAGGCUUGGGGAAAAUGGAUCAUAAGUACAUAAUGAGGAUCAAGACCUGUGGCAACGGGCUCGCAGAUGAUGGCUACAAAUGGAGAAAGUAUGGGCAAAAAUCCAUCAAGAACAGCCCCAAUCCAAGGAGUUACUACAGAUGCACCAACCCUAGAUGCAACGCCAAGAAGCAAGUGGAGAGGUCGAUGGAAGACCCAGAGAUUCUGAUCGUCACAUACGAGGGCCUCCACCUCCAUUACACUUACUCUCACCUCCUCUUCCCUCGGUCGCCGGACCUCUCCGCCACCGCUACUGGGCUUCACGUGGCCAAGAAGCUCAAAUGCCAGCACGCGGCCGAGACCGCGCGACAGAGCAGCCCGCCACUUGCGGACGCCGACGACUCGCCGCUGCAUGGAAUUUUUGACGACGAUGGCGCCGAAGGCCUGCUGGAAGACGUGGUGCCGUUGCUGGUAAGGAAGCCUUGCGGCCCGACCGCCUCGUCGUACGAGCCGUGCAUUGCUUCAUCGCUGGCGGCGUCUACGCCGUCCUACUCCUCCCUGUCGUGGGCCGCCGACACCUCGUACUUUGACCUGGGUAUUCGAUCGAGCAUCUGGUGAGCGGUGCCAACCUAGUGGUAGAUUUACGAGUAUCGUCCCAAUUUGAGACAUGUAAAACGAUAAAAAUGACGAUUAAAUAAAUUUAUC